AUGACUGCAGAGAGCCAGCAAUCGCCCAGCGAGGCUUCCUCCGUCUGCACGGCUGAGCCGCCAGUGCCUGUCCCAGUGCCUGUCCCAGUGCCAGUGCCAGUGCCAGUGCCCUGUCACCAGGACAUGGCCAGAGCCAGGAGACGCAAGCGGCCUCUGCAGCGCGGCAAACCCCCUUACAGCUACAUCGCCCUGAUCAGCAUGGCGAUCGGCAGCUCCCCGGACAGGAGGCUGACCCUGGGAGGCAUCUACAGGUUCAUCACCGACAGGUUCCCCUUCUACCGGGACAACUCCAAGAAGUGGCAGAACUCCAUCAGGCACAACCUCACCCUCAACGACUGCUUCGUCAAGAUGCCCCGGGAGCCCGGGCGGCCGGGCAAAGGCAACUACUGGACCCUGGACCCGGCCGCCGACGGCAUGUUCGACAGCGGCAGCUUCCUGAGGAGACGCAAGAGGUUCAAGAGGUCGGAGAUGGGCAGCUACGCCGCUUACGUGCACGAAUCCAACGGCUUCAGUCCGAUGCAGGCGAGAGGUCCCUACCCCGGCUCAGUGUACACCAAGGUCAGGGUCAGCCCGACCUACUCCCAGCAGCUGCCGGCCCACCCCGCCGUCUACUACCCGCCAGCAUCGCCGGGAUUCAGCACCAGCCAGUCCAGGGGCUUCAACUUCAACAUCAACCACCUGCUGGGACACCCCAGUGCGCUGGGCCCCGCGCCUGAGCUGCUGCAACAGCAACAGCAGCAGCAGCAGCAACAUCAGCCCUCUUGCACUUUACCGGCGGAUCUGAGCUCCAGUUGCUCCAACCUUGCGGGGAUGGGAGGGACGGGCUACCAGGCUCAAGCCUGUGGAGGGACCAUGCUUCCCCGGGCUUCUCACAGCCUGCCCUAUGCCUACCCGGGCUCCAACCCAAACCUCCCCAUGAAUCAACCCACCUAUUGCCUUACUAAUGGGCAGUUGUACGGCCCUCCUGGCUGCCUGCCCAUCGCCGCCUCCUCUGGGGGCAAUGAACCACUGGAUCCCUUUGGGAGGUUGUCUCCUGUCCACUUGCAAGCACUGGGACCUUACAGCAACAACGGACAGAUCAACGCCAACUAUAUGAGGCACCCGUCUUACUCUGGAGUCAUGGAAGGGUUUGCACAUUCAAUUUGACAGCCUCUCCUCUGGGUUCAUUACCCAAAAGGGAGACGAACUGAAUUCAAACGGGUUCCGCGUUUGAU